GGACAAGCCUGCCGAAGUGCGCCAAUAAAACAACACCUCCCAGCAGGCGUUGCGUCCAGGGGCUUUUCCGAUUGGGCAGCUAGGCCGGUGUGUUCCCGACGUGCCUUGCGCGGGAGGAGCCGACGUGUCCGAGGAGCCGAGAUGGCGGCUGCGGCGACCGGUCAGGGGGAGACCGACGAGCUUUUCGACGUCAGGAACAGUUUUUACAUCGGCGCCUUCCAGGCAGCCAUCAACGAGGCGCAGCGCGUGAAGCCGUCAAGCCCAGAAAAAGAAGUGGAAAGGGACAUCUUCCUGUAUCGGGCCUACAUUGCCCAGAGAAAAUAUGGCGUGGUGCUGGACGAAAUCAAGGCCAGUUCCGGCCCAGAGCUCCAAGCUGUGCGGAUGUUUGCGGAAUACCUUUCAAAUGAGAAGCAGAGGGACGCGAUCGUGGCCGAGCUGGACAGGAAGAUGACCAAGAGCGUGGACGUCUCCGACACGACGUUCCUGCUGAUGGCGGCAUCUGUCUAUUUCCACGACCAAAACCCGGACGCAGCGCUGAGGGCCCUGCACCAGGGUGAGAGCUUGGAAUGCACGGCUAUGACCAUCCAGAUACUACUGAAGAUGGACCGACUCGAUCUGGCCCGGAAAGAGCUGAAGAAGAUGCAGGAACAGGAUGAGGAUGCGACCCUGACCCAGCUUGCGACUGCCUGGGUGAACUUGGCGGUGGGGGGAGAGAAGCUGCAGGACGCCUAUUACAUCUUCCAGGAGAUGGCCGACAAGUGGUCCUCCACUCUGCUGCUGCUGAACGGCCAGGCGGCCUGCUACAUGGCCCAGGGCAAGUGGGAAGACGCGGAAGGCGUGCUCCAGGAGGCCCUCGAUAAGGAUAGCAGCCACCCUGAGACUCUAAUCAAUUUUGUUGUCCUCUCACAGCACUUGGGGAAGCCGCCAGAGGUCACUAACCGUUACCUGUCGCAGAUGAAAGAUGCUCACAGGAACCACCCCUUCAUCAAGGAGUACCAGGCCAAGGAGAAUGAUUUUGAUCGCCUGACACUGCAGUACGCCCCAAGCGCGUGAAGCUUUCGGGACAGGAGAAAACCAGGAUUUGAGGAUCCACAGAGUGGAAUUUUAACUGGGGGGGGAGGGGGCUGAUUGGCAAGCCAGGACUGUGUCCCACCACCACCACCAUGGAUGGGAGCCCCACUGUGGGCUCAGAUGACACCUUCCCGUUCUGUGUUUCCAUCCUGUCAAGAUUCAGCGCGGGGACAAAAGCAUCCAUCCAGCUCUCUUCAACAUUCCCAAUAAAUCUUUCCUUGAAUUGA